AUGCGGGUACCCGGGGAUUUCCUACCCGUCGCCCGCGGGCAAGUCGCAUCAGCCCUGGCGUUGUUGGUCGGCCUUCGUGAAUGGGUGCGCACAUUGGCCCCUUUCCCCGCUUCCAGGCAUGGUUCGUCCGCGGUGCAUGUGCCCGCGGUGUUACAACAGUGUGCCUAUGUUUUCAUCCGCAGGAACGCUCACUGCUCGCCAUUGCAGCCGGUCUAUGAAGGGCCUUUCCGGGUGCUGCGCGCCGGAGUCGCCUCGUUCACGAUGGACGUGGGUGGCCGGGAGGAGUUCGUCUCCGUCGGCAGUCUUAAGCCCGCCCACGUGGAUGUGGACAGCCCGGUGGUCGUUGCUACACCGCGACGUAGAGGUCGUCUGCCGGCCGUUCCGCCCGUACUGAAUACGCCCCUUCCAUUCACCACGAUGCCAGCUGCGAUUUCGCCCGCUCCCGGUUUCGUUCCACCCGCCCAUGUUACGCCUGUCCACGCGUUCCGGUCGUCUCAUCCAGGUCCCUACUCGCUUCCGUACCUCGGGUUCUGGGAGGGGCCCUGUAGCGGCACCUACUGGUGCCCGGAUUUAUUUUCUGAAAUACAAGGAUUACCUUCCAACAUGCCAGAAAAGGAAAAUAGCUAUUCCAAAUUUGGUUCUGCAAAGUCUGUACAACUAAAGUCAAAAAAUAAAAUUAUAAAAAGUGGCAACAUUGAGAUGGAGAGCAUUAUGGAUAAUGCCUCUGAAGUCGUCAGAAGCGAACGUUUGCGUCCUAAUUUUACAGUUAAUAAACCUGUGUUAGAAGGUGGAUUUGCUACCUUACCAAAAAGGAGGAACCUUAUUUUAUGUGAGCUAGCGAAGGAAUACUUUGCCGAUUCAGCUCACCAGCCAAAUGUUAACAGAUUUUCUGCAAAUAGAAUCAAGGAAAUGAAUGGCGGAUUAUUUCAACAAAUUAGUGCAGAUAUUCAGCAAAAUGUUCACAGUGAAGAGCACAGUGAUCAGCAUCAAGCCAUUGUCCCCAUUAUUUCUCCAUCGACGUCAAUUGAGGACCUUCAUAGCUCUAGUCCUGAAAAACUGUCUGCCCCAUCUUCACAUCCUUCUCCCACUAUGUUUUGUGGUUAUUGUGGACAUCAAGGUGCAAAUCGGUGUACACAGUGCAAGCAAACAAGUUCAUUUAAGUGCCAGGGGAUUGACUGGCCGGUCCACAAAUCUCUUUGUAACUCUGCCAAAUCACAUAAACCCGACGAGCAUCUGAGGUUACCCAAAGAAAAGAUGCCUAUGGAACAUCAGGUAAAAGUCUCUCUGUGUGUGAAUACCAAGGAAAUGGCAAAAAAAAUUAAAUUAAAUGACUUGAAAUACAAGAAACUGCCAAAAGAAUCAAAUUUGCAGAUUGUUGUCACAGAAUUCAAAGACCCAAGUGAGUUUUAUGUGCAAAUUCUCACUCCAGAAAAUUUUGAGGCAUUAAGAACAAUUGAAUUAUCACUGAAGGAAUCCUUUGCCAAUAUGAAUAAACUAGAUGAUUAUAUGCCUGAUGAAGGUGAAAUAUGUGCAGCAAACUUUUCACGGGACCAGAAAUGGUAUAGAGCAUUAGUUCAAGAUGUGAAUGUUGCACAAAAGAAGGCAAAUGUUUUAUACAUUGAUUAUGGAAAUGGAGAAACUGUUCCACUAAACAAGAUUCAGCUGCUGGACAUUGAGAUGGCUCUUUCACCACCUUGUGCAAUGAAGUGCUGUGUCGCAAAUGUUUCAAAGCACACUGGAUGGGGUGAGGUGUGCAUUUCCUCAAUCAAGCUUCAGCUAUUACAGAAGCCUUGCUCCAUGACCAUCGUCGAGAAACUGAGUAAUGUUUCAUGUACUGCUGUGGAACUUGUAAUGCCUUCUGGAAAAUUGUUACAGCAGUACAUCUUAGAAAAAGAGUAUGCUUUGACUCAGAAUGAUGAAACUAACACUGCAAGAACUCCUGGAAAAGAUGACUUCAAAAAGCCACAUAAUAAUGAGACGGAGCGCGAAAAUAGAGAGAGCUCAGUUUCAUUGGGCAUUGAAGAUGUUGCUGUCAUUGUAACACAUGUUGAAACACCAAGCAACUUCUUCUGUCAACAUCUAGCUAAUAGAUAUGAGUUUCAAAAACUACAAAAAGCAUUGGUGGAAUAUUGUAAUAACUUAACUCCUGUACAAAGUUUUAGACCAGAAAUUGGAGAGCCUUGCUGUGCUCAGUUCACAGAGGAUAACCAGUGGUACAGAGCUGCUGUGAUUGGUUACUUCCCUGAGGAUAUUGCCAGGGUAGGAUAUGUAGAUUUUGGAAAUUAUGAAAAGCUCCAUUGCAGUCGCCUACGUCCAGUCCAUAAAGAACUGUGGGAAUUGCCAAAUCAGGCUUUGAAAUGUGCUUUGGCCGGUGUAAAGCCUUUACAUGAUAAUUGGUCUUUGGAUUCUAUAGUAAGGGUGAAAAAUCUGGUGAUGAAUAAAUGUCUAAAAUCCAGAACUGUGUCAAAGAAAGAGAAUUGCGUAUUUGUGGAACUUUUCGAUGAAACAGCAAAUCCAAUUAUUAAUAUCAAUGAACAGUUGAUUAAAGCAGGAUUAGCUGCUAAAAAUGUGGAAAAGCAAAUAAAACCCAUUUUGGAAAACAAAAUGUUGGUCAGAAGAAACUUGCAUGCAAAGAUGUGGAAGACAGGAGAGUUGCCUUUGAACUCUGUUGUAGCCAUUCAGGUGAAAGAAAUAAUAAGUCCUGGCAUCUUAUUUGUUCAUGUUAUGGGCACUCAUGAUUUGAAUAAAUUUAUCUUGAUGAACGCUGAGUUGAAUGAACAACAUAAAGCUCAAUCAGACUAUUCUACAUUAAAACCUGAAGUUGGUGAUGCUUGUUGUGUAAGACUUGCAGGUGACAAUUGCUGGCAUCGUGCGAUUGUACUGAAUUGUUCUGAAUCUGUAUUGAAGGUUAUCUGUGCAGAUUAUGGAAUUGUGGAAACUGUAUCUCUUGAAAGGAUUAAAUGUAUUGAACCAGAACUUUUGGAACAUCCAUGUCAUGUUGCAAGAUUUGCACUAGCAGAUGUUGAACCAGAAUCUGACGAGUGGACUCCUGCAGCCACCAACUUCCUCAGAACUCUCCUGCUUGAUAAAAAUAUGUUGGCAACAGUUAGAGAAAUUGAUGGAAACGUCCACACUGUUCAAUUGAUUGGACAUUUUGAAGGUGCAGCCAUUAAUGUAUCUGAUAAGUUGGUAUCAGAAGGUCUGGCUAAAUUCACCACUGGGAAAGCAACUAAAGUUCAAGAUCUCAGUUGUUGCUGUUGCAAAGACCUUCAGGAAAGUGUGGAAGAAAUCAAGCAACAACUUGCAAUGCUGAUGAACAAAAAUAAUGGAACAAUUAAGUGAUAUUAAGAAAAUUGAAGAUAAACCUGCAUUUUUCUUUGAAACUUUUUUUUUUACUUUUUCCAAGUACAGAAGAAAAUCAGAAAGAGGCAAUAUUGAUUUACUUAUACUUUGUGUAACUUGCUUUGAAUCUAAUGUUCAUUAUAAGCAUUUAUAGACGAUAGGUGCAGGAGUAGGCCAUUCGGCCUUUUGGCACCGGCAUUUAUUGCGAUCAUGGCUGAUCAUCCACAAUCAGUACCCCGUUCCUGCCUGUAACUUAUUCUCCCACAUUCCCUUCAACUCUUCUCUCCUUCUUUCCCCCCCCCCCCACACACACACACACACACACAUUUUACCCCUUACCUAUACACAAGGGACAAUUUACAAUGGACAAUUAACCUACCAAUCUGCACAUCUUUGGGAUGUGAAAGUUCAUGCAAACUCCACACAGACAGUACCCGAGGUCAGGAUUGAACCCAGGUAAUAGGAGCUGGAAAGCAGCACAUCUACUUGCUAUGCUAUGCCAUGAUGUUUGAUUCAGUACAAAUUUCAUAUCUGAUAUCUGCUUGAAUAUGGUCAUGAUGACCUGAAACUAUGAUUUACAACAGUGAUGGUAUUAACCUAAACUAAUGCUUUGUAUUGAUCUCUAUUGUUAAAAUAUGGCCACCAAUUAUUAAAAUAACAAUAUUGAAGGCUGCCAAAGUCAUUUUAAUUUUAGAAGCGCUUCUAAAAACUUUGUACAAUAUACCGUGUUGAAGAAUCCAGUGCUUUCUUCUUGAUGACAAAUGUCACCUCUAUCCAUAUGAAAUAGCAACUCCAUUUUUGUGUUUUAUUUUUUAAAAGGAUACUUUUGAAAGGUAUCAAAAUAAAAAUUUUGUGACUGAAAUGAUAAUUGGAUCAUCACAAUGUUUGGUUAAACAUCAGACUGGUAGCUGGCAGCUUACAAGCAAGUCGUUGUGACUGAGCCAGAAGACGAGAACUUUUUGAGUCGCCAUUGCUGACAUCAAUACCAUUCUUUCUUGGUAUUUACAUAAAGUUAGCACUCAAAGCUUCUGAUUAUACAAUGGCAUAAAAACAGCCUUCGCUCCAUUUAUGAUUGUAUCCCCCUAAUUUCUGCUUAUACAUAAACUGCAAAAUAUUUUGAACUGAAAUAGUCUCUUAAUAUUUGAGGGCCAUGUUUCAUUUUGAGAUUGCAUGAAAGAAUCUGGCAUGCUCUUUGUGACCAAAAUAUUGUGCAUUGGUAAUUUGUUACCAAGUGCAAGCUUGGAGCCUACCAUUCUUGAUGACUUUCAUUAGCGCUACCUGAAUGUUAAUUGAGCACAGCCCAGAAGGAUCAAAGUCGCUUGCUCUCUGGCAUUGUGUGUAAAGUGACUUUGCGUAGUUCUGGCUCUGCUCAGAUGAACUUAAAACCACAUUCUAAUCUUUGUACUAAAUUAGACUGCAGUAGCAAAAGGGAAGAAUGGCCCUGGCUUUUGUUUCGAUUGAGCUUUAGGCUACAGAGUGCCCAAUACAAAGUAUCUCAGGUCAAUGUUUCCCUGAUCAUUAGAAAGGGGCCUUAGUCAAAACAUUUGUUUCUUGUUUGCCAACAAUUGAAACGUGCUGAAAUAGAAUUACUUUUAGUAUAGAUUCAUUGCAUACUCCAAACUGUAGUUAGUUUGAAGAAAUGUUCCAAUGGAAGGAAUCGUCUUUUGGCAGUUGCGGGAGAAGUUUGAUCCUAGUGUUGUGUUUUGAUAAUUAAUAUUGCUGUAGCCAUCAAUCUCGAAUCUAGUUCUGAUUCUUAAAGUAUUUUCAUGCAAAAUUAAUUUUAAAAUAGUGGCAAAAUAACCUUUACUAAUGAGUAUUAAAGUUAACAAGUUUAUGACUUUAAAACUCAUCUACCAAAAAUGUUUAAAAAGCAAAAUUUCCAAUAUGUGUAAUUUUCAGAGCAUAAAGAAUCAAGAAUUUAACUUUUUUCAGAACUUGAUGUAUGAGUUUGUAUGUAUAUCAGUGCAUUUUCUCACUAUAGUAAUUUUUCUUCUCUGCCCAUUUCUUUGUCCAGUUUAUUGAACAUGGAUUACUAUAGAAUUGUGUGAUGAAGCUAAAAGUGAUUACAUGAUUUAAAUUAAAAAGAAAAUUGCAAGCCU